AUGUUACUUACUGCACAACAGGAAGGACAGGUCACACGACUCAGUCGUUCUUACGAUUAUCUCGACCGUGUAGAAAAGCGCAAGACCGAAAUCCCAUUUGACUCGAGGCACCGAGUCUCUGGAGCCUCUGCCGCAAACUCAGAGAACCGUUUCACAGCCUUGCAGGGCGGUCGCUCGGGAGAGAUUGAGAUUCAACCGCAGUUGUUUCAGCAGGUCAGGUUCCAACCACCUUCGUCCUCCGAUAUUCCAGACGAACGGAUUCUGGAAGAGGAAAAACAUGUCUCCUCGAAACAACUAGGCCACCACGAUGAAAUUUACGCAGCAGGCGCCGAGAGCCCUCUAUCCCUGGAGGUUAGCACUGAGACAACGUCAUGGCGGCUCCCUGAUUGGCCCAGCGCGUCUGCCUGGGCUAUAAUGCUGCCUGGCUACUCUCGUUUUGAUGCUGCACAAUGCCCAUCACAAGUGGAGUACAAGUAUCGGGCUUCCCUCUCUGGUUCUCCGGUUCUUCCAGUUUGGCUCCAUUAUAAAUUCAGUGAAAGAUACAAGACUGGAUUUCUCUUGGGCUCUGUGCCAUUUGAAGGGAUUACAGAGGUGGAUGUUGUGAUGGUGAAAGUUGACACCUAUGAGGUGGAGCAGUUCUCUGUGAACAUCACUUCCAGUGAAAGAGAAGGUGGUCCAGGACAGAAUCAAGUGGAGCUGGUGUUGGACAAUUUGGAUUUAGAGGAUUUCUUCAAUCAAAGGAGGAUUGCCAAGUUGAAGGGAAUCUUUUCUGACACUCUCUGGCCAGAGAGUUCAUCUGAUCUUCAUAUGUCACUCCUCCUCCCAGCAAAAAGACCUGCAUCAAACCCCAAGGAGAAACGAGGGGUUCGUUUGAGGCUUGCAAGCCAUGCCCCAUUUUCAGAGAAGCUAAUAAAUCUGGGGAAGGAAGUGGAACCUCUGUACAAGCACAGACCCUGUCCUCGAAACUUCAAGCGCUCAACAGCUGAGAGAUUCUUCAGGGACCAGAACUUUGCUGUUGAUUGGUGCAGUUUUGAACUACUCUCUGGUGAUCCUUCUAAAUCAGCAUGGAAUGUAUAUGAAGAAGAAGAGUACAGAACUCCCAAGAAACGCCACCAUCCCUUACUCCCCAGACCUCCAUACAAGCCUGUCAGUCGAUCAGAGGUUCCCAUCAGAGACUACCUUGGAGAUGCUGUUUUCACUGUCAUGAUCCCACUUGUUGUCAUGGUUGCCCUUGUCUUCAUUCUCACACUCAUCAUGUGUGUCCAGUGGAAAAAGAAGGAUGAGAAGGAGAAUAUCUCAGACAUUCAGAUGAUGCACUACCAGGCAGUGAGACGGGCAUCAGAUUCGUUGCGAUCCCUGUCCAGGCGUAGAGACAGAGAUAGCAUGUUGGGUCCCCCAUCACGUGAGGGUUCAUCACCCCCACACUCCAUCUCCAUCCGUUCUCAUACCAAUUCCCCUGCUUCCACCAUCACACGCAAUGCCACCCCUUGCCGUCGUUCGGAGGAACGGUCUUCCAGCUACUCCCAGGGUCCUUACCCCAUCUGCGCACAAACCAACAAAAACAACAUGAGCAAUAUCUAUAUUCAGGAGCCUCCCACUAGUGGUAAGGUCUUGCUGAAGACCACUGUAGGGGACAUUGAUGUGGAGUUGUGGUCCAAGGAAACGCCCAAGGCAUGUCGCAACUUCAUCCAGCUGUGUAUGGAAGGCUACUACGAUGGGACUAUCUUUCAUCGAGUGGUCAAGGAUUUCAUUGUCCAAGGAGGGGAUCCCACUGGCACAGGAAAGGGUGGAGAAUCCAUCUAUGGGAAACCCUUCAAGGAUGAAAUCCAUACCCGGUUGAGGUUUGUCAGGAGGGGUCUGGUGGCUAUGGCCAAUGGUGGGAAGGACGAUAAUGGUUCCCAGUUUUUCUUCACCCUGGGACCCUGUCCUGAGCUCCAGAAAAAGCACACCUUAUUUGGGAAGGUGACUGGGGACACCAUCUACAACAUGAUCAAGCUGGAGGAAGUUGACAUUGAUAGAGAUGAUAGGCCAGUUCACCCUCACAAGAUAAUUCGGACAGAGAUCCUCAAUAAUCCUUUCCCUGACAUUGUUCCACGGACGACAAAGGAGAAGAGGAAGCAUGGAUCUGAGGAAGAGGAAGGCUCCGAUGAUGAGAAGCCAAAGAAGAGAAAUAAGAAAAAAGGGACCAAGAACUUCAAACUUCUCUCAUUUGGAGAUGAGGCAGAGGAGGAUGAAGAAGAGAGCGUUGCUGUUUCAAAGAAGUUGGCUUUAAAGUCAAAAUCCAGUCAUGACCUCACAAAUGACCCCAAGCUUAGCUCUGUGCCAGCGGUGGAUGUCCCAUCUAAGAGAGGACCCUCAGAGGAACUCCAAUCCAGUGAGGAAGAUGAUGAACCUCUUCCCACAGAACAGGACAGUGGAAUGUUAGAUCGAGUGAGGAAGAAGCUAAAGGGAGAGCCCAAAGAAGAACCUCUGAGCACUUUCAUGUCAGAGCGGACAGCUGAACGAGACCAGAGCCUAAAGAAGCUGAAGGCUGAAGUUCGACAACUGAAGAAGGAACUGAAAAUGGUCAAGGAUGACACUGUGGAAUCCACCGUGGACACUGCUGAAGGGCAAGAUGAGAUGUCAAAGGACUCAGACAUCCUGGUAGCUUACAAGAAAGACCUGGCCCGAUUUGAGAACAAGAGGACUAAAGAACUCAAGAAGGGAGGUCGCGAGGCAGCAACAUUGGCGCUUCUGGCUCGGUUCCAAGAGAAGCUUACCUCUGUCAGGCAGCUAGAGGAGGAAGAGGAGGAGGAAGGGGAAUCGAAGGUGAAUGUGAAAAAGGAAGAGAGGAUGGAAGACGGAGAGGUGGAGGAGGAGGAAGAGGAUGAUGAAAAUGACAGCAGCUGGUUGAAGCACACGCUCAAGUUCGAAUCCAACGAUCCCGUGCUGGCCAGGGAUGCCAGCACGAAGGACGAUGACUGGUUCGAUAUCUACGAUCCACGGAAUCCCAUCACCAAGAGGCGGAGAGAGGCAAGCGAACAGGCCCUCAAGCAGAAGGGGGGCGAACUGGCCCUCAAGCAGAGGGAUAAACGAUAACUUCUGUCAUCUUGUGUUCUUUGUUGUUUCUUUUUUCCCAGGUAAUGUGAUUAAUAUACUGUAAAGGGUGUCCUUCGGGAGCUGUUAAGAAAAGCCCUUUAAGGGCAUGUUGAAAGGAGGAAAACUUUCUUCCUGUCAACUUUCCUCCUAUGCCACGAUGUGGCAGAAAUAUUCGAUUUCCCACCGAUUUGUAAUGGAC